AUGCAGAGAAUUAUACAAAGAUUUGAUGAGGCUUCAGGUUUGAUUGAAGACAGAAGGCAUGCUAACCCUGGACGUCCUAGAACUGUAACAAUUCCUGAAAAUAUUGGGCAAGUGCAAUCAGUGAUAAAUGAAACACCACAAAGGUAUGUAAGACAAGUACUGGGCGAUAUUACUAACUCUGCCAGUCAUUCUAGUGUAUAUAGAAUGCUUCUGUAUGAUUUGAAGCUCACUCCUUAUACAAUAUCCAUCAUGCAGCAUUUGAAACCAACCGACAUUGAGCGCAGAGUGACCUUUGCAAGAUGGAUGAUCGACAACAGUGGUAUUGCUGACAAGAUAUGGUUCUCAGAUGAGGCACAUUUCUAUCUUAAUUCGCAGGUGAACAAGAAAAACUGCAGCCGUGGCUGCAAGCCAAAAAGAAUAACGUCAAAAACAUCAGAAAAGUGUAAGAAAAUUGACAAUUUAUUUAAGCAGCAUGCAUUAUCUUUGUCUGAAAUCACAACAUCAACUACAGUCUCUAAAAAAGAAUCACCAAAACGUAAAGCAGUAUUAGUUGACUCCCAUUCUCAUGAUUCUACUUCUAGUGCUGAUGAUUCAGACAAUGGGUCCGAUAUAUGUACAAGUAAAAAAGCAUGUGUAAUGGUGCCUGACAAUCGACUGUUUGAUACCAAUAAAUAUGAAAAGACUUUCAAAUGGCUUUACUACAGCGCAUCCAAAGAAGGUUAUUGCUGCAAGUACUGUGAAUUCAUGUAUAGUAGUUCAUUGGCUGAUGAGACAACUGCUUAUAUUUCACGUGGAGUUAAGUUAGGCACUCAUCCAGCAAGACGUCUAAAAACUCAUGACCAGUCUGAGAAGCACUUAAAGGCUUCAGAAAGCUACCUUUCCAAAUCAAUUAAAGGUACACAGAAGAUUUUUCCAUUAUUGGCAAAACAAGUUGAAAGUAAAAAGGCAUUGAACAAAACAUAUUUGGAGACCUUGUUCCGUACUUCACAUUUCAUGCUUAGGAAAAGAUGGGCACUCACUGACAACCUUGAGGAUUUUAUCAAGAACUUCUUGGCUUCUGAUAUAAAAAAUGAAAUGGUAAAACAGUAUGUGAAUGAAAAUCCUAAGUUGACUUACACUUCUCCAUCUUCUAUCCAGGACAUUGUCAAAUCAAUUGCAUUUGCAUUUGAAGAUGAGAUCCUUAAACAAAUCCGUGAUGCCAAAUGCUAUGCUCUAAUGGCUGACGAAUCAACCGAUGAGUCUAAUCGAGAACAAUUUGCAGUAAUAAUCAAACUUCUAAAGGGAAAGCAAGUGGCAGAUGUUUUUGUUGGGAUCAUUCAAGUGGUGUCUACUGAUGCAGCAAGUUUGAUGGAAGCCAUUGAACGGUUUCUUCAAGGCAAGGGAAUCGAUAUCAAAAAAGCCAUUUUUGUAGGCUUUGAUGGCUGUAAUGUUAUGAGUGGGGUCAACAAAGGAUUACAGCGCAGAUUCAGACAUGUGGUCCCAUUUCAACUCUACAUUAACUGCAGAAAUCAUAGACUUGCCUUGUGUGUAAGUCAUCUUGUCAAGCAAUACCCAGUUCUUUCAGACCUAGAUGCCGUGCUGAUUGCCAUCUGGAAAUUGUUCAAAUUUUCGGCCCAAAGAUUUGCUGUCUUUAUGGAAGUCCAGGAGGCCUACAACAUGACAAAGCUGACGUUUUUGAGAGCUGCAGCUACAAGGUGGUUAUCCCAUGGAAGGGCUUGCAGCCGCCUCCUUGAUAGAUAUGAACCCAUAAUUGAUGCGAUAGAUUCCAUAUUGACUUAAUCAAGAAGCCCUGAAGUAGUCGGAUUAAGGGAGAUGCUACUUAACAAACAUACAAUAGCAGCAGCAGCAGCUUCCCUAUGUGAUAUGCUGAAGCCCAUUGUCAUAUUCAGUGACUACUUACAAGGUGAUGUUCACUUUUCACGUGAAA